AAAGCAAAUGGUUACUAAGGUAUGUUACCAUGGUAACCUACUAACCGCUGGCAUUUAUAAAGUGUGAGCCGUUCCAAGAUGGCGUCCGGAAGGAGUGAAGAUCUCAAUAAAGAAAUAAAAUUAAUAGAAAAAUGCCCAAAGGAUAGUAUACCUAAGGUCAUACAUGGUUUUCUUGAUGAAAUAUGUGGACAAAAUAUACUUCGAUUUCAAGAUUUUACUAAAAUUUGGAGCAUAGAAGAGUGGAAACAGUUGAAAGCUAGUUGGACGUCAUGCCUUAGGUCAUUAGCUAAAGAUAAUAUAACUGUUGAAAAUAUUGAAAAACAAUUAGACCAAAUUUCAAUAUCAAAAGAUAUUCAAAAAGUAGUUAGUGAAUGUCUCAAGCCAAGAAAAGAGGAAAUUAGAGUUGCCCUUAUUGAAGAAACUUGUAAUCUUUCCCAAGCAACAUUGAAGGAUUUUGAUUGGAAAUUAAAACUCAUAAUGGCUACAGAUAAACUAUCAAAUAUGAGAGAACCUGUAGUAUCCCUUGAUCUUGAUAUCAAAGAAAAGGCAGGGAUGAAACAUGUCUUAGUGGAAUUGAGUAAAGACGAAUUAAAAGAACUAAUAGCAUCAUUGGAAGCAGCUAAUAAGGUGGUAAUGCAGCUAAAGCUCUAGAUUCUUCACACAAGAAAAAAUUCUAAUGGUGUCUCCUAGGUCUGGUUAGCCAUUUAGUUCAUUAUUAAAUUCUAGAUUGUAUUCACCAUUCUGAUAGGGGAAAAAACUCAAAUGCAAAUAUUUAAACAAUGAAGAAAAUUUCAUACAAACUGAAUAACCUAAAUAAUUUCUAUGAGGUUCACUGUGAUAAAACAUAUUAGUCCCCCCUCAGAAUAUCUACGUAAUGAUACACUCCUUAGAUUAGAUUAAGUAACUAUAAUUAAAGAAAUAAUUUCCCCUUUCUCAACUAACAUCUAAUUGUUAUCUAACAAAACUAAAUAACAGCAAUGAACCUGUGUAUAAAUGUAAUGUUUGGCAUGAUUUUUUGAUAAAUGUCAAUUGAAAAUUUUAUUAUCCUACUUGCUAUAUUACAACUAGAUCAUAGGCUGAAGACCAUUUGUAGUGAUUUAAGUGAGUUGUAGUAAUUUCAACAACUGUAUAUGUAGUUUAAUCGACAUUCGUAAUUCAACUGUACGGUAUACAAUAGCCAUAUUCCUAUCAUACAAGGAAUAAAUUGAAGAUAAAACAUUCAGGUUUACUGUUUAGAUUUAAAUGUUGUGCCGAUGAUGUUAUAUCUCCAGCUGAUAUACAUGCCCGUAUGGCACUAUCACACCAGUUAAAACUAUUAGUAUAUACUGUACAUAUUAUCCAAUCACAGGAAUGCUGGAGAUUUUAUCCUGU